AUGGCUCAUACUUAUGAUAGUUUUACAUCAACUCUACCAAUAGAUUUGCGUUCAAAACUAUUUCACGAAGAUAUUGCCCGACAAUUGGUUGAAAAAUACGGACCCGUAUUCACUAAAUAUACGGGAAAUAAACCGAUAGUCUAUGUCUGUAAUCAACAAUUGGCUAAUCAAGUGUUUAAUAGUACAGAGUACGAUUUUGAUGACCCGGAGCUCAAACUGAUUAAAUAUUUUUUACACGACUUUCCCAAAGAAACCGACGACAAAAUACAUAUAUGGGAGGCGUCGGCAGUCAUGAGAUUCUUGGAUAGAAAACUGAUUGCCAGACAAACUGAAUCUAUCGGUAAAUUCAAGUCAAUGAUUAUUGAAAAGUUUACCGAACACUACAGGGAUUAUAAUCCCGAAGCUAUUGAACGCGAUAUUUGCGAUUCGCUGAUUACGGCCAAAAACCAGGCCAUCUCCGCCGGUAAACAAUCGGCCCAAUAUCUAACCGACCAGAAUCUAGCCAUUUGUAUAUACGAAAUGUUGGUCGGCGGUGCCGAAGGUGCGGAAUCCACUUUCCGAUGGCUACUACUGUUUAUGGCCUACUAUCCCGAAGUACAGCAAAAAUUGCGCCACGAAGUGGCCACAGUUAUUGGCGUCGGCGGCGGCGACCGAUUGCCCAGACAUGAGGACAGAGACAGUUGUCACUAUACUAUGGCAUUCAUAUCGGAGAUUAUGCGCUUCAGGACUAUUUCACCGGACGGUAAUCCCCAUAAAGUACUGAUCGAUAGCAAACUAGGCAACUAUACAAUACCCAAGGAUACCACAGUGAAUGUAUAUCAGGGAAUAGUUAUGCGAAACGACGAUCCAAACUACUGGUCCCGCGGUCUAGACUUUAUGCCCGAACGCUUUCUGGACGAAUCGGAUGGACACUAUAGGAAACCAUCGGCGGCUUAUAUACCGUUUGGCUCAGGUAUUCGCAAAUGUUUGGGCGAUAAGUUUGUCUAUUCGGAAAUGUUUUUGAUUUUAGUCCGACUAAUACAGCGGACACACCGUUACGAUAUAGUAUUGGCCACACAUAACGGUAUCGGUAUUAAUGCGGCCAUCAAUGACUUUUGUCUGCCCUAUGAUUAUACUAUCCAAUUGAAACUAAGAGAAUAA